AAAGCUUUGCUCUGAACAGUUCUUCAGCCAAAGGAUCGAAACGGUCAAGAACUUGUAGCUUGCUGCUUGAUGGCAGCCAAGGAUUUUUCCAAAAUGGAGUCUCAACGAUGGUGGGUCAGAUCCCACCAGGUUCUGUUCAUCAUCUGCUGCAUCAUGGUACAGGCGCCAUGCCUGAGAUGUAAGAUAGUGGUGAACUGCACCAACCCCAACACCAUAUCCCUUCUGGCCGCCCUGGAGAACGUCAUGAAGCUGUACUCCAUACGACCUGUCAUGAACCUCUCAACCCCCACCAACAUCAGCAUGUACUUCACUCUCUACGGCAUCCUGGGUGUGGAAGAAAAAGCACAACUGUUGAACACCUACAUUUGGCUGGUGAAGGAAUGGGAGAAUGAAUUUUUCAGCUGGGACCCAGUCCAAUGCGGCUCUGCCAAUAUUUCUCUCCCCAGGGAAAGGUUCUGGUCACCAGAUGUGGUAAUCAAUGAAUUUAUGGAUGAAAACAGAGCUCCCAUCGUCCCUUAUGUGUACAUUAAGCACACUGGUAUAGUGCGAGACGCCAACCCUGUCAGAGUGGUUAGCUCCUGUAACCUGGAGAUCUACACCUUCCCCUUUGACGUCCAGAACUGCACCUUCACCUUCAGAUCCUACAUCCACCACGUGUCGGACAUAAGGAUUAUUUUAGGGAAGAAGGUGGAGGACAUCCUGAAACGCUCCAUUAGCGUGUUGUCCACCGAAGGGGAGUGGGAGCUGAUGGACAUCAAAUCCAGCAAGUUCAAGUUAUCAACAUUCAAUCAGGGAGAAAGCAACCCCUAUGAUGAGCUUUGCUUCUAUAUUGUCCUGAGGCGCAGAGCAACCCUCUACGUGGUGAACCUCCUGAUCCCCAGCUGCUUCCUCAUCACUGUGGAUCUCUUCAGCUUCCUGCUGCCACCCCAAAACGUGGACCGCUCCUCCUUCAAGAUGACCCUUAUUUUGGGCUACUCAGUCUUCCUGCUCAUCGUGAAUGACCUUCUGCCCGUUACAGGAAGCACCAUUCCACUGAUAAAUGUGUUCUUCGCCAUCUGCUUGGCUCUGAUGGUGGCCAGCUUGCUGGAGACUAUUCUCAUCACCAACCUCCUGGUCGGCUCCAGUAACUUCCACCCAGUGCCUGGAUGGGUCCGAGUGCUCGUCCUGCGCUUCAUGGGCACCCUCGUCUGGCUGCCUCAGAAAUCCAGAGAGGACAAGAUCAUCCUCAAUCCAGUUGCAAGAGAAACAGACGUGAAAGUCUGCCCUCUAGUGACGGUGGAGAGACAGGUUCAAACAGGAGAACCAGGUAAGAUGUGGGCAGAGGCAGGCGAUCCAGCCCUGGCGGAGCUGAGGAAUCUGGGCAAUGAGCUCCAGUCCAUCCGCCUCCAGGUGGCCCAGCAUGUGGACGGGAACCAGAUCUCCCAGGACUGGAUGCAGGUGGGCUACAUCAUAGACCGGCUGCUGUUUGGCGUCUACUGCAUCUUCGUCACAUUCAGCUUCAUCGUCAUCCUCAGCAUCUGGAGUAAUUCGUACAACCAGUGAUCUACUGGUUAAAAAAAUAGGUGUUUAAACGCCAUUCGCUGUGAAUAAAGAAAUGCUCCCUAUAUUUUCUUACCAUUUUUCCAUGAUAAGUGGCUAAAUGUUUGUGUAAAAUACAAAAUGUGAGGAAAUAGUGCUUACCCUCCACUACAGCACCGUGUACAAGACUUAGGAGUCUCCCAUGUUGUCAACUGCUGUUUAGAUUUAAAAACAAUAACCUUAACAUUACCAUAACUUCAACG